UCAUUCUCUUAUUUGCUCUUAUUCUCAUAUCAAUUAUAUAGUAAAUCACAAAUCAGCUUUGUUUUGAUUAACAAAUAAAAUAAAUUUUAUUAUUAUUUUUCAACACAAAAGUGUUUUACAUAAGUACACUCAACAAAUUAAAAUAUGUCGACUAAGUCAUCCGUAGAUUUAAGAGGCGAAUUAGCUGAGCUUGUUAAGCGAAAAGCUGAAAUAGCUGACACCCUGGCGAAUUUAGAAAGACAAAUAUAUGCUUUUGAAGGUAGUUAUCUUGAAGAUACACAAUUAUAUGGUAACAUUAUACGAGGAUGGGACAGAUACUUAGCUAGCAAUAAAAAUACAAAUAGUAAAGCUGAUAAAAGAAAUAGAAAAUUUAAAGAAGCUGAAAGAUUAUUUUCUAAAUCAUCAAUAACGUCCAUGGCUGCUGUAAGUGGUUUGGUAGAAAAUACCCAAGAAAAAAUUGAACGAUACAGUGAGUCAGAAUCACAGCUUGGAAACAGCGGUAGUGAAGACAACUGCAACUAUAACAAUUCUAGUGUGGUAACAUCGGGUAAUAGCAAAGACUCAAGUGGAAAGAAUCACACGUCCAUACAAUCUGGAUAUUUACAAAACAACGGUACAUUGAGUAACAACGAUGCCAAUGUUACAUUUACAAAUGGUCCAUUGUCAAAUGGUAGUCUAGAACAUAUUUCCACACCCGCUAAAGAUGGACAUACCAAUAGCAAAGAAGCUAGUAAAAAUAGAUCAUCCAACAGCGCUAAGAAAAAUAAUAAUAAAAGAUCUCGAAAUAGAUAAUUUAUUAAAUAUCAU